UAUAGUUACAAUGCUAUGUUACUUUUAGUUGACGCCAGUGUGUGGUAUCAUAACUAUUGCAUAGCGACAGAUAUAGAGAGUUUAAUUAAAAAUUGUGAAAAUGAAAGUAUUAAUUAUAUUAACGUUAUUUGAAGUAAUGUACGUGACCGGCUCCCAAUUAAAUAGGAGUUUGGGACAAAAUACAAGAAAAGCACGAGCCGAUGAAUCCGAAAAUCCAUGUAACAGUACCGUACCACCUAAGCCUGACUUCUCAGCGCCUGGUCGAAGGAUUAGUGAAGCAAAGUGUUAUGAAUACAUUUGGGAGACAAAGAAAAGAGAUGACGACCUAACAAGAACUGCUAAAUGUUCAGAGUGGACAAGAAAAAAUCAACGUGGUAGACCUACCGUUCAUUAUGUGGUUGGUGGUCGACCCACCACACCAGGAGAAUUUCCCCACAUGGGUGCUGUAGGAUGGAAAGCUGCCGUUGGAACCUGGAUAUUUAAAUGCGGCAGUUCCUUAAUCAGUUCGAAAUUCCUACUCACUGCUGCUCACUGCUCUAAAACAUCUCCACGUGACACCAGUGUGGCGAACUAUGAACCAGAGAUUGUAAGACUAGGAGAUAAGAAUAUUGUUGAUGUUUAUUCAAAUGGCGUCUACCCACAAGAUGUGAAAAUCAAAAGAAUUGUAAAACAUCCAAACUUCAGCCCGCCCAAGAAAUACUUUGAUAUUGCAAUUAUUGAAGUAACGACUGAGGUUAUAUUCACAAAGCUAGUGCAACCAGCUUGUCUAUGGACCAACUACGAUACAAGCCCACUAGGAACAAAGGCAACACUUACAGGAUGGGGUGUCAUAGAAUCUAGUAGAAAGGUGACAUCCCCAGAGUUACAAGCAGCGGAUGUCGACAUCAUUGAUUCAGACGAAUGUCAAAAUUUACUUCGAUUCUAUUCUAAUCGCCUCUGGAGAGGGUUAGACUUGCAUCAGCUUUGUGCUGGAAAAUUAGCAGGCGGUGUCGACGCUUGUCAGGGUGACUCAGGUGGACCUCUGCAGGUAAAGAUACCUAUACCAGUAAAGUCACAAGGGUCAAUGCACUACAUUAUUGGAAUCACAUCCUUUGGUAUUGGCUGUGCUCAGCCAAACAUUCCUGGGAUAUAUACAAGGGUCGCCAGCUUUAUUGACUGGAUAGAAGAUGUGGUGUGGAGAGGGUUAUGAUUUAAAAAACCAAUAGUAGUAUUUAGUUAAUAAAAACAAUUUAAAUUUAA